ACAAUUCAAGAUCAUCAAGUCAUUCAUGCAACAGACUUAGAUGACGGAGAUGGAAGAGGAGCGCCACAUAUGCCAGCCUGGAAAGAUCCACGUAAAAAGGGUGGAAGUAUGUUAGAUUUGGUCGGAAACGGUUUACGUGAACCGAUCAAUGCAAUCAUUUCAGGUCAUUCGGAUCCGUACGUGUUGAGCGAUGCAGGUUUACGUGAUUAUGUUCGUACGAUUGGUUUUUCGUUCGAAUGUUUGGAUUUGCAUUUAGGUGGCCUUCAACGUGCAAAUUUGGGUGACGGACAAGGAUGGAUGACGGAAAUGUUUGAAUUUCGUCAAACGGAAUCUUGGGGUGCGCCAGGUAGAUGGAUUGGUGCUUGUUGGGAAACGUUCAGGGGUGGAAACCAUUUCAGAGUUUGGAAACAAAAUGGUACAAACGCUGAUACUGGCGCUUGGUUCUUGGCUGUCUCGUUGGAAAAAGAUUUACGUCAUCAUCAUACAAUCGAUGAUGAUGGAUAUAAUCGUGGACGUGAUUUAUUGGUAGAAGCGGCACAAUUAGGCGGAAGAUGGAAGAUUUGGAAGUGGAAAGCAAAAGUGCAAUAUGAAGAUGAUCUCUUGGCUGCUGGAAGACGUGGAAUCAAUCAUGAUAUCGAUCAAGAUGGAAGAGUGGCAAUUUUGACCGUUCAUCGUGUG